AGCUAUUUUUAAGUUGAACGCUAACUUCCGGUACAGGACUAGUUUCACAGAAGGUGAAAGAGCUUGUUUUUGUUUAAAAUCUUCCUUCGUGUUGAGUUUUAAUCAAGAAACUUCUCCACGAGACUCUCUUUUACCACCAACAACACGGCGUCAGUUUGAUUCGGAACAAACGGUGGAGUUCAAAAAGCGGCAGUUUGUUAGUCUGUUAGCUCGCUAACAUUAGCACGCUAAGCUAACCGGCUAUCAGCGGCUCCUGGAGAAAACCAACCCGGAAUUUAUCGCUCAGAAUCGGACCCUUGAGUUGUAAAAACGCCUCUCGAACCGUGAUUAUUAUUUUUUGCAUUACAGAGAAGGUGUAUUUUGUUAGUUUGUUAGCUCGCUAACUUUAGCACGCUAAGCUAACCGGCUAUCAGCGGCUCUUCGAGAGAACCAACCCGAAAAAGAUCACUUAGAAUCGGACACUUGAGUUGUAAAAACGCCCCUCGAACCCUGAUUUUUUUUUUUUCUUGCAUUACGGAGAAGGUGGAUUUUUCAUGUGUGCACCGGGCCGGGUUUGGACUCUUUAAUGGGAGGCUCCUCGCUGCGGACGGGGAUCAGGCUGCUGCUGGUACCGGGGACCUGGCUGCUGUGUACCGGGUCCACAUGGAGCCUUUGGCCGGGUACGUGUUCAAGGCGGCCAGCGAAGGCCGGGUCCUGACGCUGGCCGCGCUGCUGCACAACCACCCGGAGGAGGAGGUGCGGUUCCUGCUGAGCCAUGUGACCCAGGUGGCCGGCCAGAGGUCCACUCCGCUCAUCAUCGCGGCCCGGAACGGACACGACAAGGUGGUCCGGCUGCUGGUGGAUCACUACCGGGUCAACACGGAGCAGACCGGCACCGUGCGGUUCGACGGCUACGUGAUCGACGGGGCGACGGCCUUGUGGUGCGCAGCGGGCGCCGGGCACUUCGAUGUGGUCCGCCUCCUCCUGAGCCACCGCGCCAACGUGAACCACACCACCAUCACCAACUCCACGCCUCUACGCGCCGCCUGCUUCGACGGACGCCUGGACAUCGUGCGCUUCCUGGUGGAGCACAACGCCGACAUCCGAAUCACCAACAAGUACAACAACACCUGCCUGAUGAUCGCCGCGUACAAAGGGCACGCCGAUGUCGUCCAGUUUCUGCUGGAACGCGGCGCCGAUCCCAACGCUAAGGCGCAUUGUGGGGCGACCGCUUUGCAUUUCGCGGCCGAAGCGGGGCACCUCGAGAUCGUGAAGGAGUUGGUUCGGUGCCAGGCCCACAUGGUGGUGAACGGGCACGGCAUGACUCCUCUGAAAGUAGCCGCGGAGAGUUGCAAAGCGGAGGUGGUGGAGUUGUUGCUGGAACACGCCGAUUGCGACGCAAAGAGUCGCAUCGAAGCGUUGGAGCUACUCGGCGCUUCCUUUGCCAACGACCGCGAGAACUACGACAUCCAGAGGACGUAUCAUUACCUGCACAUGGCGAUGAUGGAGAGGCAUCGCGAUCCAAACAACGUUAUCGUGAAGGAGCUUCUUCCUGCCAUCGAGGCGUACGGCGGGCGAACCGAGUGUCGCACGAUGCCGGACCUCGAAGCCAUCCGAGUGGAUCGAGACGCGCUCCACAUGGAGGGUUUGAUGAUACGAGAGCGCGUUCUGGGCUCCGAUAACAUCGACGUGUCUCAUCCCAUCAUCUACCGCGGCGCCGUCUACGCCGACAACAUGGAGUUCGAGCAGUGCAUCAAACUGUGGCUUCACGCGCUGAGGUUACGGCAGAAAGGCAACCGCAACACGCACAAAGAUCUGCUUCGCUUCGCCCAGGUGUUCUCGCAGAUGGUUCAUCUGAAAGAGCGCGUUGUUGCUCCGAGCGUGGAGCAGGUGUUGAGCUGCAGCGUUCUGGAGAUCCAGCGCAGCAUGGCGAGGGUUGAGACCGCCACCGAGGCAGAACUACCGUCGGCGCUGGACAACUACGAGUCCAACGUGUUCACCUUCCUGUACCUCGUCUGCAUUACCACGAAGACGAACUGUGGCGAGCAGGACCGCGCGCGCAUCAACAAGCACAUCUACGACCUGAUCCAGAUGGACCCUCGCUCCCGUGAGGGCGCGUCUUUGCUUCAUCUCGCCAUCAGCUCCAGCACGCCGGUGGACGACUUCCACACCAACGACGUGUGCAGUUUCCCGAGCGCUCAGGUCACGAAGCUGCUGCUGGAUUGCGGCGCGCCGGUGAACGCCGUGGACCACGAGGGAAACACGCCGCUGCACGUCAUCGUUCAGUACAACCGGCCAAUCAGCGACUUCCUCACGCUGCACGCCAUCAUCAUCAGCCUGGUGGAGGCGGGCGCGCACACCGACAUGACCAACAAGCAGAAGAAGGUAUAUAUAUAUAUACGUAUUUUCCAUAUUCAACAUGUUGAUUUGUUUCGAAUGUGUUAAACAAUAAUACAAAAA